GUGACGUCAGAGGCCGACGGUAUAAGUAGUUUCCGAUGCCUCCAUCUUUUUGUUAGACCAUUUCAGAAAAUUUCAGUUCACUGAUAGUUUAAGGAGAAAAUCGUCCACGAUAUUUUCUAGUUAUGAGUCAUGAUGGAAGACAAAAUGGACCUAGUCUAGAUCAGCAGUUGGCUGGCCUAGACUUGAACGCUGCUCCUGGGCAGGGAGGAGCAGGUGGAGGAAUCGAUAAGGGAAGGUACAUACCUCCUCAUGUGCGCAACCGUCAGACCAACGAUUUUGGCCCCCCAAAUUCUGGCGGGUUCAACCGUUUGGACUCUGGCUAUGGCGGUGCGCCCCAUCUCAGUGAUGGCGGCUUCGGCGCCUACAACGGGGCCGCGAUCCCGGGGUAUGGCGGUGGAAACUUCCAGAAUUUCCAACGCCGUGACAACUUUGGGAACUUCGGGGGCCCCAGAGGUUUUGCGGGCCCGCCUCCUUUUGUGAAUGCUGCGAUUCCUCAGCAGAACUUCAAUAACUUCGGCGGGCGCGGGGGCGGCCGUCCGUACCAAAACCAGGGAGGGCGUGGUGGGGGGUUCAACCGCAACUUCGGAGGAAGGGACAACCGCAACUUUGGCGGGGGUAACCAGUGGGAUGGAGGGCGGCAGAAUAACCGCUGGGACCGCAGCAAUGAGCAGCCGUCCAACAACCGCUGGAGCCGCGACGAUCGAAAAGCGGGCGGAGACAACUACCCUCCGCCCGAGGACGCUGAUUGGAGCAAGCCGCUUCCUCGGAAUGAGCGCAUGGAAAGGGAGCUGUUUGGAAAGAGCAACACGGGCAUCAACUUUGACAAGUAUGAGGACAUCCCUGUGGAAGCUACAGGGGAGAGCUGCCCACAGCACAUUAGUGAGUUCACUGAUCUGGACCUGGGUGAGAUCAUCAGUAACAACAUCAAGUUGUCCAACUACAUGAAGCCCACCCCAGUGCAGAAGUACGCCAUCCCCAUUGCUAGGGCUAACCGAGACCUGAUGGCCUGUGCACAGACCGGCUCUGGAAAAACUGCAGCAUUCCUGAUCCCCAUUCUCAGUCUGAUCUAUGAGAACGGACCUCAGGGACUGCCACAGCAUGGCCGUCAGUACGGAGGCAGCGGCAGCAGGAAGCGAUACCCCCUGGCCCUGGUGCUGGCGCCCACCCGUGAGCUCGCCUCACAGAUCUACGACGAGUCCAAGAAGUUCGCCUACCGUUCCCACGUGCGCCCCUGCGUGGUGUAUGGAGGCGCGGACAUCGGGGGUCAGAUGCGCGACCUUGAGCGCGGGUGCCACCUGCUGGUGGGCACGCCCGGCCGACUGGUGGACAUGAUGGAGCGCGGCAGGAUCGGCCUGGACUAUAUCAAGUAUUUGAUUCUGGACGAGGCUGACCGCAUGCUGGACAUGGGGUUCGAGCCGCAGAUCCGGCGUAUUGUGGAGCAGGACACCAUGCCCGGCACUGGCAAACGUCGCACGAUGAUGUUCUCUGCCACCUUCCCUAAGGAAAUCCAGAUGCUGGCUCGUGACUUCCUGGACAACUACAUCUUCCUGGCGGUGGGUCGUGUGGGCAGCACCAGCGACAACAUCACGCAGAAGGUGGUGUGGGUGGAUGAGCAGGACAAACGAUCCUUCCUGCUCGACCUGCUCAACGCCACAGGUAAGGAAGGCGCAGACUCCCUGACCCUGACGUUUGUGGAGACCAAGAAAGGAGCUGAUUCCUUAGAGGCGUUCCUGUACAGUGAGGGCUACCCGGUGUCGUCCAUUCAUGGCGACCGCUCCCAGCGCGAGCGUGAGGACGCUCUGAUGACUUUCCGUACGGGCGUGACGCCCAUUUUAGUGGCAACAGCUGUUGCCGCUCGAGGUCUGGACAUCCCAAACGUGAAGCACGUGAUCAACUUUGACCUUCCCAGCGACAUUGACGAGUACGUACACCGUAUCGGUCGUACUGGCCGUGUUGGCAACCUGGGAUUGGCCACCUCGUUCUUCAAUGACAAAAACCGCAACGUCGUGCGCGACCUUGUGGACAUCCUGAUCGAGUCGAAGCAGGAGCUGCCCCCAUGGCUGGAGUCCAUGGCGUACGAGGAGCGUCGCCAGCAGAGCAGCGGCCGCAACCGAGGCCGCAACAGGUUCCAAGGCGGGUUCGGUUCCCGUGACUACCGCCAGCAGAACCGCAGCGGCGGCGCCCAGCAGCGAGGGGGCGCGCCCAGCUACGGCGGCUUCACCCACUACCAGCCGGCACAGGGGUACGGCGGGUACCCUCCCGGCGCCAUGCGCCAGCACGACCAGCAGUCCUUCGACUGGUGGGGCAACUAGGUCGGACCACCCCCCAGCCCCCACAACGGUUGCCAGACUAGUAGAUAUCAUUAGUAUAUAGUAGUCACCCCGUUCCCAUGUGGCACACAAAUCCCAUGAUCCUUUGAGAGAUUACCUGGGACCUACAGAAGUUCAUAUCCAUCAUGCAUUGCAUCACUGGCCAUGGCCUUGUAACUUGAUAUAGCAUGAAGUGUAUGUGAACAAGGCAAAGAUGCAAUAUUAUAUCCUGAUACGAAAAAAACACAUGAAAUACCGCAUAUUGUCAGGAAGCCUUCACAUAUAAUUGUUAAGCAGGGUAAGGUAAAGAAAUGACCGAGAGAGUAUAACAAAAGCCCGCGAGCAGAGUUGAAUUUAAGUGUUACAAAAAAAAAUUGAAGGGUCAGCUUUAGAAAAGGAAGGCUGGGCUAGGUGAAAGCUGGAGGGAUUUUUAUGAAGGAAGAAUGCCAACCAGUAGUUGUUGACAUUGUCUUACAGUUGACAUUUACUGAAGCUUUUACCAUUGUAAGCAUUCGGAAUAUGCCUGUAUUAGGAGUAAGGCUUAUAGGCAUGACGACUUUAUAUAGUACCCAGCCAUUUUACAGCUGUAAAAAUUAUGCAUAUGUUGCUGUCUCGUCGACAGCAAUUCGUACAAGGCUUUCCAGAGUUGCAAAGGACCAUGGGAGUAUUAUUGGAGUUGUUUACUAUUAACUUGUUUCCAUGUUAUAAUAACCACGACGUUCGUUGACAAGGUUUUUUGGUAGGAGUGUAGAGAGUAUUUCUGACGAACGAGAGCUGCUGUUCUGUUUUACAUCCCGCUCCCACGGGAGCCUGUGCUGUGUAGAGACUCAGAUGUUAAACUGCGGAAAAAAACAACAACAAGAAGUCAGGGAAUGGAAGUUCCUGUUGUAGCCACGAUUCUGCAAGGAAAGCAGUUGUUGAUUCAAAGUUCCACGAAAUUCCGGUGGGGUUCCGUGCGUUUGUGGAACGGCACGUGACCACUGACUUUAGGACUCCAGACUAGUGGCCUUUUGUUAAGGCUAAAAAGUGUUCAACCAGGAGUUUGCCGACUCUGUGCAUGUCGACUGCACUGAAUCGUCUCCAAGUUACCUGGAAUCCCCCUGGAAUCAGCUAGGUGUCGCUUCCCAUUUUCACCAGUGGUAUCGUACUGGUAAGCUCGGCCAGUAUUGUUGGCUGUUCAGGUGGACAGCCAAAUCUCUGUAUACAACAUUGUUUAAGUACUGCACUGUAUAUUAUACAUGACCAUUUUUUGCUAAUGGAAUUUGAGAUGUGAAGGGUACCUCAGUACCAGGGCUACGACCAAGACAAAUCAAUCAGGGUUUGUUCACUCCGAGAGUUAACUAGCUGUCAACUAAGGGGAAAGCAAGCCAUCUCCGUUUAAAGGGGAGUGAACAGAUUCAAGUGUUCACUCGAGAAGAGUGGACGUGUUCAGUUUGACGUCGAGUGAGCUAAGUAUUCACUCCACGAGAGGGGGUGUAGUGUUCACUCUUUUCACGAGUGAACCCAAGUGUAACAUAUGAAGCGUGUCUGCGUUUCGUCGCAGAUGUCAUACCAGGGGGUCUGGGUUCAACCCAGAACAUAGAACUAACGCCUUUCCCUGGGACUGAGGUAGAGUGAAGCGUGUGGCCCAACUUCUCUUAGCAUUUAAAACAUUAUACAACCGAUGAUUGAAGAGUGUACAUAUCUUUGAACAGUGCUGGCUACGUUGGGGCCGGCUAUGUUGUCGUCCUGAUGCCUCCACGUGCCUGUGCCAGCCAGCACAACUGUACGCUCCUGUGGAAAGAAAAGGAUAUAAAAUUCUCUAUUUUUGUACAAGUUGAUAGCCUCUGAAAGCGAAAUGAAAAAUUCUGUAUAAGCAUUUUCCACUACAAAGUAAAGGAUAGCCACUUUUAAGCAUAGUUGACAGUUGAACCAAAAUUGUGGUCCGAAAAUGUUGUAAUAUCUUUGCAAAUGAAGUAUUUUAUUUUCAGUCCAAGUAGGUAUGUGACCAGGAAGCUGCUGUGUAUUAUUCUCUGUGACGCCCGUUAGAAGCACAGGGACAGAUUUCACAUGUUGCACUUUAUUUUUUAACAUGUCAGAACUUGUAGUAUGACAGCGUCCAAGAUCAGUAGACGGAUUCGUUUUUAGGUGUCGAAAUUAUGAUGGAAGAAAAAGCAGGUCUGAUGUUGCCUGUCAGUUGAUUCUAUCUGAUGCUAGGAGGGAACUUCUAGACAAUGAUUGCAUAUCUGGCACAUUGGAAAGUACAAUUUAGUCAAUAAGUAAUAGAUGAAAGAACUGUAUUAGAUUCUGUAUGUGUUAAAUCUUUAGCUGUAUCGCUAAAACUUCGAAAACUACUGUACCUCCGGUACUUGUCAUGUUUGCGAGGUAACGCUCGUGACGUUUGGCACGAAAGUAUGGGAGGAUCUAUCUCAACCUGGUGCUAUUAGUUUGCAAGGGAUGAUUUUGGGUUAAUAACGUCAAGUCCAGAGUGUUGCAUUGAGUCGCCACUGACCCUUAUUAGCUUUUCUUCAGUAUCUGUUGUACAUCUGUUAUAAAUUGUAGCAAAUUUAAGUAUGUUUUUCGUAAAUUGCUGCAUGUCAUACCAAAUGUAGGCUAUUGUUAGAGAAGAAAAUUUGAGCAUUCCAGAGGUAUCAUUACUAGCUUUUUAUUUUAUUGGAAAGAUGUACAGAGAGAGGGGAAGAUGCAAUAGGUUCAUUUUGUAUAGACCUCAGUUGACAGCGAAGCUAAAGAGGGGCAGUGUGGACUUGCUGCCAAUGAUUUUGGGCCAUUACCAUUACUAAGUAUAUGCUGUACAGAAUUGUUACAUUCGGCCGAGUUGGGCCAACGUUAAGAGGCAAAAGACUUGUAUGUUGAAGCAAUCUCAAGUUAUUUAUUUUAAACUCAAAUUCUGCUGUAUAUCAUUGUACAGUGCGGUCACAAUCUAACCAGACCGCGCGAUAUUUUUGUUCCCGAUGUUGUAUCAAUGCCAAAUUCCACAUUCUUCACUGCAGUGUAUGUAUAUGCGUACUAUGGUGCUGUGCUAUCAGCUGAUCUCACCCCCCUCCUGCCAAGCACAGAGGUAUACAAAGAUAACAACAGGAAAGAGUGAGGGGGUGGAUCUGCUGAGAAGCACGGCACACAUGAUUACUUUUAUGACAAGAAUGGCAGUUCUUACUGUAAAAUAACAUUCCUGAGAUAUGUCAGAGGUGCGUUUGUCUACACAUCACAGCCCCCUUGCCACACCUCCACCCUGACCAUCCCUUGGCAUCCAGUGGUACAUCCCAGGCCUCCAUACAAAACUGUUGGAGCUGGGUCGAACCACUAUGCCUAGAGGUACGGAUGGGUGCGGUGGAACUGGGUAAGAAGGAGAGGGUGGCUCAUAGAAAAUAGGAUGGCACAGAAACUUUGUUCGUAGGUAAUUUACAUACAUACAGAGUAUUUUAUCUAUUAUAAUAUGUAAUAAUUCUGUAAUGUCUGGCAGAAAAAGGUCCCAUCCUUGUGUCUUGAGAGUUCUUAUGUUUCUUGGUGUUCUUUCUAUAGUUUGUUGCAAAACACUUUGUGGGGGUCGACACAAGACCGUGUCAUGUUUUGUACUUACUAAGGUCAUUAAACAUGUUGAAGAUAAAA